AUGAGCCAGCGAACGAAUGGACACCUCAGAAAGAAGGAUCCCCCGGAAGAAGAGCACCAAACAGACGUGCUCAUUGUUGGGGCAAGCACAGGGGGCCUUCUGCUCUCUCUCGACCUCGCACGAAAAAAUGUAAACCACUUGGUGAUAAAUUCGUUUGACAAAAACAAAGAAGAAAUAAACGGAGAAGACAUAAAUGAGCAAUAUUUACUCUAUCCAAGAACGCUGGAAAUUCUCCAUGAUUUAAAUAUCCUGUCAGAGGUACGAAACAAAAGCUUAAAAUUGACAGGCGUUAGUUUCUACGUUGGAAGUAAAUUAAUAAAUAAAACGGACAAAACUUUUUUUCAAAAUUGCAAUGGAUCAACAUCGUAUAUGUUAAGUAUAAGCAAGACCACGCUGAAUAAUAUCCUGAGAAAAAAAUUGGCUUCCAUCAAUUCGGAUGUCGUGCAGGAUGGCACCAUUCUCUGGGGGCUCAGUCAGAACACUCCAUCCACGUACACAAAGGAGAAAAGGUACCGUAAAGAUAAGAGUACCACGAAUAUGCACGCAUAUUUGCACCAUCAACAGGCAAAAGAAAAAGUGAAAGGGAGAAGCAGGAAUAAAAAUAGAAGUUGCAACGACGUGAAAAAGAUGUACACCUUACCCUCACUGCUUAAGAGAAGACAAGAAAAAGCGGGUGACGACAUGAACGGCCAUUUGGGUGAGGAAAAAAAAAAAAAAAAAAAAUUCACUCCGAGGGGAAGCCAACAAAGCUCGUCCAUCAGCAGCUGUAGCGACCACAACGGAAAUUACACAAAUUGCUUGCAAGCGAAUUCAGAAAAUUCAUUGGACAGAUACGGAUUUCAGAACUCAUCUAUCGAUACGGGUUCCAGUUUUUCGACGACCAUCUAUGGUAACCACUCUGGGAAUAGCACCUGCGAAAAUGGCUUCUUUCAAGGUUCAUCAGGUUCUCCCCUAAACAAAAUCCUUAAUGAGGUUCAUAGUGCACCUACGCCUACGGUGCAUGUACGGGUGUUAAAGAACACAAAAAGGGAGACAAUACAUUAUACAGAUAAUUACAUAGAAGUGGCUCAUGGUCGUAAAAAAAAAAACGACAGACAAAUGCACAGUCCUGAUGAAAAUAUAAUGGGAAAAACACUGUGGAGAAAGGGUUUAUUUUUUGGCAACGAAAGGGGUAAGAAUGGCCUACUGGAAAAAAAUGCACACGACUAUUUAUCCCGAGAAAACUCCACAAGGUGUACACUAAGGGGGGCUCCAAGUACCUCCCACACACACCAAAAAGAGAAAAAAAUAGAAAAAUCACACUACUGCUCAAUUAGCAGUAAAUUUAUAGUUGGCGUUGAUGGAAGAAAAUCUUCAAUCAGAAAACUAGCAAACAUAAAAAUGGACGAAAAGGCAACUCACCCAAUCGAGUACAUAUCUGUAGAUGUGUGCGCCAAGUGGAACAUAGAUAUGAGCCACUACAAUUUGACCCUCCUUCAGUCGGAGCAUGGCUUGGCCACAUGUUUUCCCAUUCUCACUGACAUGGUAAAUAUUUACGAGCAAACAUUUUUCUGCAAUGACGAAGCAUUUGCGCAUGUGAUUGAAGGAACAGAGGAAAAGUACAACCUUGAAGGGAACCUCCGGCAAGGGUGCUCUUCUCUUAAAAUGAUGCACCCUGUUGAAAGGGCACCUCGUUUGUUUGGGGGGAAACCCACAGAAGAGCGAGACGCAAGGAGGCAGUCUCGUCUACCUGGUGAACCCGAUCAAUCACCUGAAUCGUAUCAACCGUGUGAACUACGUCUACUGCGAAAUGGCCUCGCCAGGAGAAACGCCAAGGAGGGCCCUCACCAGGGCGAAAGCAGGAGGGGAACCAAUCAAGGGGAGAAUGAAGAUUUGUCCAAAUGGGGAAAUGUAGUCACCGAAGAGGGGAAUUCUAAAAAGGAAUCAAAAGGAAGUCCACGUGGAACCGUGGAAGAUGAACCUGUGCAAACCACCAUGGGAAAACUUCUACGUGACCCCCACCAAAGGGUAAAAGAAGCGGGGAUUACAGACCCACAUAGAUUAGAUCACGAGACAGGUGCAUUAUCCCCAUAUGAAGAUACACCCAAUUUAAUUACACCAAGUGGUGAGCAUCCAGAUAAACCAACGGAUAAUAGGAUUGACUGGAUUGAAUCCGCCUCUAGUGCCACAUCAUCAGAAUGCCUAUCCGCAAGGGAACCUCAAAAUAACCACACCGAACGAACGAACAACCUAUCAAGGGGAAGAAAUCCACGUGGCAUUUCUGACAACUCCGUUUUAUCAGAAGAAAUUUGCAUUGCGGAAGACCCCUCUGGGUGGGGCGAAAAUGGAACACAGGAGGGGUACCUCGUUAAGUGUCAUCAGGUUAAGGCUAAAACGGAUGGGGACAAAUGGAGGGAAAGGUACGUAGGAAAUAUGGACAGAAGAAAUCUCAACAAACCAAAGGAUGAGAAUAACAUUGAGGGGAGAGAUGCAUCUGCUCGGGGGCGCGAAUCCAAUGCAGCGGUCCAUUCAGAGGGCAGCAGAACCAGGUCACAGGGUAGUGAUAGAAACAUAGGAGCAAAACAACAGGACAACAGUGCUAUUGGAGAAAAUACAAAUGAUGAGAGUGAUUUCCUAAAGGAAGUGGAAAAUAAAUGUGCGAACGGAAAAGUGAGGAAGGCAUUUUUCGAGGGUGAGGAACUGUGGGGAUGUCCCUGUGAAGGUAGCCCUGAAAUGUGUACCACGAAUGGAACUCCCCCCAAAAGGAAGCGGUUCAUCACAAGCAAUCAUUCAAGCGAUCAUUCGAAGGACCAUUCGACUGACCACUCGAACGACCACUCGAACGACCAUUCGAACGACCAUUCGACCAACCAUGCGAGUGAUAAUGUGAACGUGUUCUCCGACGCAGUGAGCAACAACUCAGGGUGCACCCAUCCACCCCGUAAUUCCCCCCUUAGAAUAGGCAGGGGGGGCUACAACUGGCACUUGACCAUAUGCAGGAGAGCAAACAAACACCCACAUGAAGUAGUAACCUCUCGAGUGAAACAGACAAACGAAUUGAACCACAUGGAGGUUAUUCACCUGAUCGAAAAAAUAUUCCCCAAAGUAAAAAUAUUUUAUAUAUACAAUUUGAAGAGAGGAAUUCAUAGAGACCAAAUGUGUCAACAGUUCUAUAGACAGGGAAUCAUCCUAGCAGGGGAGUCCAACUGUCUGUACAACCCCCUGUUUAACAUAAGCAUUAAUUUGACUGUACAUGAUGUAUACAGCAUUGGAUGGAAAUUGAAAUAUCUCAUUGCUUAUAAUUCAUCUCCCAUUUUAUUGGAGGCAUAUCAGAAGGAGAGACAGUACAUUUCUCAGAAGGUCCUAUCAUGGAGUAGUGAAAUGAUUAAUUUUUUUUUUUUUUUGAACAAUAUAGCUAGCUACUAUUUUGCCUCUCUCCUAAAUUGCUGUGUGAGGACGAUUAGCAGGUUCACUUCGACUUGGAAUCUUUUGGAUAUGGUUUACAAAAAAACGUUUUUGCUCCAAAAUGACUACUACAGAUUAGGCCUUGUACACACGUCAGCUCAACUGACAAGCAGGGAUUUCAUGUGUGCAGACCGGCCAAGGAAUUGCGUUCUUAGAUGUGUUACCAUCUACAGUAACACUUAUCAGGAAGAUAACACUGUUCGCUUGUAUGACUACCUGGGUGGACAUGCACAUACCUUAAUUUUGUGUAUAUGCCAAAUGGACCCCUCCAGAAUUUGUGCUUGUAAAAUGGAUUUCCCAAAGCGAUGCCCCGAUAUUAUGAACUCGUUUUCCUUCAAAAGGGAGGCAGGAAGUUUGCCCCAUGGGUACUCCCACGGUGGUUACUCCAACCUUGGUUGGUCCAACCACCAUGCGGAUGCCUUUGACAAGUUGAAAAAAAUUGGCAGACUGACUUAUGGCGCUAUGGCCAGGGGCAGGCGUGGCUCACCGCUCAGCAUCCUCUGGGUUGUGUGCGGUGAACAAAAAAACGAGUUCGCACGCAGACACUCUAUCGUUAGUGCGGGCACCGACACGAACGCCAGUAUCCCCAGGAAUGGAAAGCUUCUCUCAGCCAUCCUUUCUAUUGUAUGCCCCCAGAUAAUGCACAAAGGUACUAUCCAGGGUAGUAACUCUCCGCUGAGUGCCCUUCUUACCGAAAUAAGGGCCACCAAAAACUUGGGCAAACAAACAAUCCUCUACGAUUUCAUGAGCGACUUCCAGAGGCAGUUAAACAUCAAGUUAGGUGCGCCCUGCGUUCCCACCGAUUUGUGCAGAUCCAGAUCAGCCAUGUAUAUUUUUGUUCGUCCCGAUAUGCACAUAACACACAUGAAUUAUGUGAACGACGAGAAUGAGGUUACAGCCUUCCUCGAUUACGUGUACAGCUUUUACGGCUAA